AUGUCUCGUAAUCGUUUUGACAAAAUUAAAUCCUUUUUACAUUUCAAUGACAACUCAAGAAUUGAUAAUACUGACAAAGCUUUCAAAAUUCGUCCAUUUAUCGAUAAAGCUAAUGAAUCAUUCCGAAAGUUUGGGAUAUUUGAAUCCAAUUUAGCUGUUGAUGAAAUGAUCGUCAAAUACUUUGGUCACCAUGGAAUCAAACAAUUUAUUAAAGGCAAGGAUGCUCAAAUCCCUGCUAGUACUGGCGACGGCUUGGGUUCAGCAGUUGUAAAAAAGUUGCUCUCUGUAUGUACAGAUCCCAGAGCACAUGCAGUCUAUUUCGAUAACUUUUUCUGCAGCAUGCAAUUGUUGAUUGAUUUGAAAUCUCAAGGGUUCAGAGCUACAGGGACAGUCAGAGACAAUAGAACUAAGAAAUGUCCUAUGACCAAACAAGAGAUGAAAAAGAAAGACCGAGGUUAUUCCGAUCAUCGUUUUGAUAAAAAUAAUGAAAUAUUAUGCGUGAAAUGGCAUGACAAUAAUGUAGUAUGUCUUUUGACUAAUUUUGAUACUGUUGAACCUUUUGUAAAAACUAAUAGGUACUCAAAGAAAGAAAAGGCCAAAAUAGCCGUGAAUCAGCCAAGGCUUAUUCAUAAUUAUAAUAAAAACAUGGGAGGAGUGGAUAAACAUGAUUGGCUGAUUUCUAAAUAUCCAAUCCGCUUUAGAGGUAAAAAAUGGUAUUGGCCUCUAGUCACCCGUAUUUUAGACAUGUACCUAGUGAAUGCAUGGAUUAUUUACAACCAGGUAAAUAAAGAUGAAAACAUCCCUCUGCUAGAUUUUAGACGAAGGGUUUGUUAUUCUUGGAUUAAAAAAUUGGAAGGCAAGGCAAGUAAACCUACACCAGGUUCUUCAGAAAUUCUUUUACAACCUGUCAGAAUAGAGACCGGUUCCGCGUUUAAACCAUCAGCAAAAGGUCGUCCAAGAAUAUCUAGGACCUCAGACAAUAUUGAGAGGAUUCAUGAGAACGAAACAUCAGCGUUAACACCGAUCACAUGUUGCGAUGUUAGAGGGAUAUUUGAUUCCAGAACUUGCGAGAUCAAGAACAGCGAAUACGAGGACUUGGUUCCAACAAGACGGAGCGACCUGUCAUAA